AGAGAGAGAGUGAGUGAGAGAGUGAGUGAGCCGUGUGCUGUGGCUUAUCCUUGUCCUAUGCGGAUUUCACUACUGACUGCCUGCCCGAGCGGCUCGCAUCUUCCAGGGUAGGCCGGGGUUUGUAGACGCUGGCUUUCCCAUUCAAGAGAACACUCACUGGUCUCCUCCUCUCUCACGUUUGCCGGAUAUUGGAGCGGAGGGGAUAACUGUGGUUGCCCUGCUUAGCCGAUCCCAGCGGAGGGGUUAUUUACGGGACUUGGAGAGGAGAUAGUGGAGAGGCGAGGAUGCUCAGUGGACAAGCCGAGAGACGAGCAAUGGGCAAGGGGCGUCCUAUAACUCCUGACAGAGAAGAGGAGCCUUCAUUGCCAUAGCUACCUCUCCUCUCCUCUCCUCCUCCAGUCCACGUUCCCCCUUUCAGCCCCUCUCUUCACUUGUUGAGUCUUUCCACUUUCUAUACCUCCCCAUUCUCCAUCACCUGUCACCAUGACAACCUCAGCCCUGCGCCGGCAGGUGAAGAAUAUUGUGCACAACUAUUCAGAAGCAGAGAUCAAGGUUCGAGAAGCCACCUCGAAUGAUCCAUGGGGCCCGUCCUCGUCUCUGAUGUCAGAGAUCGCUGACUUGACCUUCAACGUUGUGGCGUUUGCUGAGGUCAUGGGCAUGGUGUGGAAGCGCCUCAACGACAGCGGCAAGAACUGGAGACACGUGUACAAGGCCCUGACUCUGUUGGAUUACCUACUGAAGACAGGAUCAGAGAGAGUGGCCCAACAGUGCCGUGAGAACGCAUUCACUAUUCAGACGCUACGUGACUUCCAGUACGUGGACCGCGACGGCAGAGAUCAGGGGGCCAACGUGAGAGAAAAAGCACGCCAACUGGUGUGUCUCCUUCGGGAUGAGGAGCGGCUCCGCCAGGAGAGAAGUCAGGCCCUGAAGACCAAGGAGCGAAUGGCUGGGGGAGGCAGUGGAGGGGGCGCAGGGGUGUACGGAGGUAUACCCCCAUCUUACCACCCAGGCAGGCGAACAAGCCAGCCCAGCAUGGCUGUGCUGUACGGGGAGGAGUUCAGCCGCUCCAGAGGCUCUCCAUCCUCGUUUAACUCCUCGUCGUCAUCCCCUCACGCCGCCUCAGACCUGGAGCAGGCUCGACCUCAGACCAGCGGCGAGGAGGAGCUGCAGCUCCAGCUGGCUUUAGCCAUGAGCAGGGAGGAGAGUCAGAAGAUGGAUGAAGACACACUGCUACAGAAUGCUUUAAGCCUUAGCCAAAAGGAGCAUGAGCAGGAGCAGUGCUGUCGCCAAGGAGACGAGUCUCUGUUACAGAAGGCCCUGGAUGAGAGCAGGAGAGAGAGUCAGUCGGGGACACAGGAGUCAGACAUGCUGGACUUGGUGGACAUAUUUGGCCAUCCGUCCGAGGCCCCACCUCAGCCUCGUGACCCUUGGAACUCUGCCGAACCCAGCGGUGACACCUCCUCUGACCCCUGGGACUCUGUAGCGGUUCACUCCAGCACUCCUGUGAUUGGUAGCCCUUGGGCGGCCCGUCCCUCAUCUUCCAACGCGUCCAACCCUUGGGCUCCAUGUGCCGACUCACACACAGACCCCUGGGAAGCAGCGCCCGUCUCCUCCAGUCCUGUCAAUCAUGAGUGGGACAGCCCAACGGACGGAGCAGAUGGUGACGGGGAAGAUCUGUCCGCUGCACAGGAAGAGGAGAAUCCUAGACAGGAAGCUCCUCAAGUGUCCUCCCCUCAACCUGCUAGUCUCACAGAUGCAGAGCUGUUUGUGGUAAAGUCAGACUCCGACCCAUUUUCUGAAGCAGAUUUUAACCCAGAUCCGUUUGGGAACGACCCUCCGGUGAAACCCCAGGUAAACGGACGAGAGUCGGCCAGCCCGGAGAUGUUUGACCUUUCCCGGCUAGCACCCCCGCUCAGCGCCCCACAUACACGUGUGUGUCGAACUCCAGAGACCUUCCUUGGACCUACGGGAGCCUCGCUGGUCAAUUUAGACGCCCUGAUAUCCUCCAACCCCGCCAGCAAGAUGCACAACAACCCCUUCCUCUCAGGUCUGAGUGCUCCGUCUCCCACCAACCCCUUCCACUGCGACCAGCCUCGCCUCACCCUCAACCAAAUGCGACCCUCCUCUACAUCCCCACUGCCCCCCCACAUGCUCUCCUACAGCCCGUCGCUGCCCCUUCCUCUGUCCCACCAGCCUCCCGUCCUCCCCUCCUCUCUCACACAACCUCACGCCGGACUACUGGACCUUCCCUCCAACCUCCCGCAGCCGCUGCUCCCCCUUUCUCCACGACGGGCGCAGCGCACUCAAUCACAGACACACAGCCACAACCCCUUCCUCUGAGACCUCCUGCAUCUCUCGAGCUCUGGUCUGCAGAGGGAGAUGACAGAAUGGACUCUUUUUGGAUUAAUCUAUGCCAAGUAGAAUGAGACAAAUGAGCCUGAACUGGACUGCGGAUCCUGGUCUGAUGUCAUUGUGCACACUUGAAGCGGAUAAAACUCAGACUGGAUGUGUGUGUGUGACCGUCUAAAGACACAUAUCAGCUGCUAUGUAACCUGAACUCUUGAAGAAAAGCAAACUCACACACACAUACACACACACACACACACACACAGAUGCACUCAGGCGCACAGACACAAACAUGCACACACCACCAAACUAAGAGGGUGUAUCUCAACAGUCCCUUCGAUGCCUUUUCCCCUUCAACAGUGACAACCCAGAGCACCCUUUGACCACAGAGCCAGAACUGUUCCUUUAGAGGAUCGAGAUGAAGCCACACACUUUGAUUGUCCACCACGAAUCACCAGGAUCCUUACCGCUGCUGCUUCACCGACGAAAGCAUGAAUGCAUCCCACCCCCGAGAAGCCAAACUAUUCUAUUCUGCUGAGCACCACUGAGACGAGUUCUUCAAAUAAAUCCUCUUUUUCUGAUGAGUCGAGUGGUAUCUUGAGCUUUGUUGGCACAAAUGAAUCACUGGAGAAAGCCCAAAAGCACGCUACUGUUAGAUUCAAGACAGCAUUCAGCACCGUUCAAGAACUAAUUGACUCACAUAUUCCUCCCUUCAUAUAUACAUUAGGGCUGCAACUAAUAAUUAUUGUCAUUAUUGUUUAAUCUGCCGAUUAUUUUCUAGAUUAAUCGUUUGGUCUAUAAAUUUCAAAAAAUGGUGAAAAAUGUCCAUGUCAGUUUUUCAAAGUCCAAGGUCAUGUCUUUAAAUGUCUUGCUUUGUUUGAAACCCAAAUUCAGUUUGAUAUUAUAAAAAACAGAGAAAAUAAUGAAAUCUCCAUAUUUGAAAGUCUGAAAACAGCUUUUUCUGCCGUUUCUGUAUGAAAGAUUAAUCGAUUAUGAAAGUAGUCAAAUGAUCUUUCUGUCGGUCAACUAAUCGAUUACUUGCAUAAAUGGUUGCAGCUCUAACGUACAUGAUGAUAUCUUUUUUGCGUUGCCUUGUUUCCUUGCAAGAUCAACGGCAUCUGGUUAAAUAUGUUAUUUGUCGAUUCAAAACUGGACUAAAACCAGUUUAAGAUAAACCUCUUUGUCUAAAUCUGAACCUAAACUGAUCAUCGAUUGUACCCUAUUGGACCUGCGUGCCUGUCUCUACCGCUGACCCACAAUGCAUUCCCUGCUUCAUAUUGGCGCCAUAGAGGAGGACCUCAGGGAGACCGCUCUGUCCCUCCUCCAGUGAAAUGCAACCUUAGUGAAAGACAAGUCCACAGAUUAAACCACAGGGAGAUCAAUGAUUUUAUUUCAGAUGCAAGCAUAAAGGGAUGACAAGAAUGUAUGGGAGGAGUAAAAGGAAGAUGAAUAGAAAUAAGGUAAAAAUAAUUACAGAUGAUAAACUAUUGAGCAGGAGCUCCUCUCGUCUGCUCCGCGUUCACUUCUGUGUUUGGAACAAGAGAAUCCGACUAGAAGAGAGUUUUGGUCAUCACUGCACUGAACCUGGACUUGAAUGUGAAAUGCCUGCCUAUAGAUACACACAGGCUCCGUACAUAUGUAUUUAACAGAAUGAUACCUAUAAAGUAUUAUGACAUAUUAUACCAAUAAAUGAAUGGUGUUUGCAAUAUAA